UUUGCCGCUGGGAUAGCGUCUCGGUCCGCACACCUUUGUUCUCUCCGCGCGGCCGUAGCGGGCGCCAUCCAAAAGUAGUGUCAGCAGAUGCGAGUCGGCGUUCGAAUCGCACGGCUCUCUACUUCCCUCUUCCGUUCUCCCCACUUCCCGCUUGUCUCUUCUACCUUUCGCCGUCUUCGCUGCAACCAUUCCCCUUCCGCCGCCUCGCCCGAGGAUUGCGAGUUAAAUGAAGAAAGUGACGAAUUCUUGUGAUGGUUGAGACAGAAGGCAGGUUCUGAGAUAUCCUCAGUGUUGUCACUUGGAAAUUCCGUCUAUGGCAGAUUUUUUGGAGCAAAGAUGAACUUGAGAUGGUUCAAGAAAGCGCAAUUUAUCAGGAAACUAUCAACUUGCAAGCUCACAUUAAGAAGGAAUACUCAGUGCUUGGACCAGUUUGUAUCCAGGAACCUAGUAUUUACAUUGUCGAUAAUAUGUCAUGGUUGUUCUCUUUUUAUAAAGUUCAAGUGGAAAUGUUGUAGCUUGAUUUUUUAAAUGGUUGGUGCUCAUACAUGUUCAAUCCUGUUUUCUGCUUAAAGCUUUUUCGUGCUUAUUACCCACCAAAGAUUGAAGUGUGAAAUAGUUGAUGUUCACUUGAAAUCUUCUGAUUAUAAUCAUUGCUGAUAUAUUAUCCUUAAAGCUUCCCCAUAUUACUAGCAUAUUUUCUCAGUUAAGUUGUACUAGAAAUGAGAAACUUAACCUUUCCUUUGUCUUUUUCUUUUCCUGACCGCUGCUGGAUAAGAGAAAUUAAUAUGCUUUUUUGUGAGAUACUAUAGUCAUUGCCUUGUAUGUCUGCUGGUUCAGUAAUGUAACUGCUAAAAUAUAUUGUCAUUGACUGCCUAUUCCUUUGCAAGAUCUGUGUUGAACAACAAGAAAUGAUACUAUAGUAAUUUCUGACUGACAAUAAUCAUUUAAGUAAAAAUAAAAAAUCAAUUACAUUACUAUUGUCAUUUCUUUCACUAUACUCAUUAGCUUGUAAUCUUUGCAAGAUAUGUGUUCUAAUUGAUUUUGAAUAUCAUUCUGCUUGUAAAAUGAUUGUGUCAAGGUUUAUUUACAGUAUGCAAUAUCCAUCCUAUUCUAUGGUCAUUAACCUUUUCACUUUUCCCUUCUCUAAUCAUAGAUGGACAAGAGAGUGACAGCCACACAUUAGAUAUGAUCAUAUUCAUCCUGUUUGGGCUUUAUUUUCAGGUUCUAGAACAGUUCCCUUAUGUUUUUGGUGAUGUUCAUUUGAUGGAUUUCAUGCACGCGUAUGCUCUAGGUAUGUUCCAAAGAGAGAAGGAAAUUAUAUUACCAGAAAUAGUUUGAAAUGACUCCAUUAUUUUGGAAUGUCUGUUUAGUCUCUACAAUCUCACAUUCUCUUGCUUUUUUUUACUUUAAAUUUAGAUUUUAGGUGUGAAUUUUCUUAAUUUUUUAUUCGGAUAUGAUUCUUUAGUAGAUACGUAUAUGGAAUGAUUACACCAUCAAUCAACAUACUCACAUUUUUUGGGAACUUGAUUAUUUGUGUCAUGUUGAAAUUUCAUGUAUUUUUGAAACAUCUGAAUGACUCGAUUUUCAUGUCAAAGGUUUGUGAUUUGUAAUUCUAGGCAUUUAUUCUGCAAUUCUGCAUUUGCAAAGGCACAUUUUUCAAGGAGCAAAUGUGCAGUUCUGCUACUUGAAAGUUACCUCACGGGCAUGGGACACCUCCAAGGGUGUAUCUUUGAUUUUCUUAAUCAUGAUGGCACGUGUGAUGCAGUCUUACUAAGUGAUGUACACAAUGAAAUUUCUGAGGUUAUUGCUGAUCGGGACUAUGCUGUUGGUGAACAGGUCAAUUGUGUUCAAUACUUCAAUGUGAUGAUUAGAUAUGGCAAGUUUUCUAAUGCUACACUGCUUCUGGAUUUUGGUUUUACUCUUCCAUACAACAAAUAUGAUCAGGUCCAGCUUUUGUUGGAUAUACCUUCACAGGAUCCCUUAUAUGGAAUGAAGUCUGAGAUUCUGAAGAAGCAUUGUUGGCCAAGGACGACCACAAAUGCUGAUAAAUCCAACACUACUGGAAAUUCCUUUAUUGUCAAGGAAGUCAAAUCUGCUAAUGGAAAAGGGAAGGGUAUUCCACAAGCCCUCCGUGCAUUUGCCAGGGUUCUAUCUGCUACAUCAGUUGAAGAACUACAAUCUCUGGUCACUGAGGCUACCGAAAAUGAUGGUCGGCUAGCUCGGCGCCCUUUAAAGAGCAAUGAAAGGGAGAUUCAGGCACAUCACAUCUUGUGUUCUCGACUUCUGCACAUGAUUCAUGGUCAUGAUGUUGCUCUGAAGGAACUUAAAUUUGUGGAUGCUUUUGAUUGUAAUAACCAGCAAUCUCUUAGGACUCGAAUGGCAAAGGAUCUUCUUAAUGGAGAGCUUCGAGUGAUGAAGUCCACCUAUGCCUGGUUGACAAAUUACUGCACAAGUUUGUCGGUGCCUAAGGAGAUAUAUACUUCAUCUUGAGAGUUGCAUGAUCUAUGUCAACACGACACUUGAGUCCAGAGUUCAUGGGCAGAGAGUUCCUGGGCAGUGAUGUAUGCAUGUUCAUUCCGUUUUUUGAGAAACGAAGAAUUAGAGUCAUUUUGUUGCUGUAUAUUUUAAAGGAAAAAGAAAGAAAGAAAGAAGAUUGUUGUGCAUUAAUAGAUAUUUAUUUGGUUUUUGUUUUAGAUGACAACUAUUUGUUUGGAGGUUGCUAAAUCAGAUUUUGAUUGUAUGCGGUGAAAAUUGAUUCAGAUAUAAUUUGAUUCUUUUUUUGAGUCGGUCUCGAGCCAAGUUUUA